UUCCUAUUUCCUACCUCUCUCAGACUCAACGUUCUCCAUUAAGCGCACUCAACGUUCUCCAUUGAAGCGUUCUCCGUUGAAUCUUAUUCUUGUAUCCCCCAUUGAAGCAGCUUCUAAGGUAAGUUGUUUGUUGUUGUCAUCAUCAUAUCAAUUUCACAAUCUAGGGUUUAUAUUAAUUUAAUUAUCAGUGCUUUAAGUUUAGGGUUCGUAAAUUCUUAGAUUAUUAAACAUCAUAUCCAAGAGAUAAGAAAUUUAUGAGCGUAAUUUGAUUAUUGAAUCAAAUAUCCCUAAAAAUUAUGUUAUUUUUUUGAGAUAAUUCAAUAAUCCAGUUCAAGUUAUACGGAGUACUCUUUAACACUUACAUUUUCCCAUGGAGGCACUGAGCCGCCCUCUCUCUCCUCCAUUGAAGCGCCUCUCUCUUCCAUUGAAGCAGCUUCUGAGUGAAGGGCCUGUUACAAGCAAUGGCAGAAACAACCCAAAUUCAAAAGAGCACACCAGUGCUUCCAUGGAUGAGAAACCCAGUUGACAUUGUUGAUUUUAAGGAAACCCCUUUAACUAUGCUCCCUUUUCUCGACCCUAGAUUGGUUAAGGCUUUGAAGAAUGUCCAUAUCUCUUCACUAUUUCCUGUACAAGUUGCUGUUUGGCAAGAGACUAUAGGUCCUGGUGCUUUUGAGCGUGACCUAUGUGUAAACUCACCCACUGGAAGUGGAAAAACUUUGUCUUAUGCUCUACCAAUAGUGCAGAAGCUAGCUACCCACUCUGUGAAAUGUUUGCGUGCAUUGGUGGUGUUGCCCACUCGUGAUUUAGCUGUGCAGGUAAAAAAUGUCUUUGAUGUUAUUGCUCCAGCAGUUGGCUUGUCUGUUGGUUUGGCUGUCGGGCAGUCCUCACUUGCUGAUGAAAUUUCAGCACUAGUUAAAGCACCGAGACUUGAGGCUGGCUUCUGUUAUGAUCCUGAAGAUCAUGCAAACAAAUUACGAAGUGCUGUAGACAUACUGGUAGCAACUCCUGGAAGACUUAUGGACCAUAUCAAUACUACUAAAGGCUUUACACUUGAGCAUCUACGUUAUCUUGUAGUUGAUGAAACUGACCGAUUAUUAGGGGAGGCCUAUCAGUCAUGGUUACCCGCUGUGCUCAAGUUGUCCAGUCUAAAUGAUGAAGUGUUUGCACCUUGUGUUGAAGCCUUUUCCGCUUCAAUAUGUGGUUCUUUCAAAACCAUUCGGAGAUUUGGAGUUGAGAGGGGUUUUAAGGAUAAAGCUAAUCCCAGGCUUGUGAAGAUGCUUUUUUCUGCUACACUGACCCGAAAUCCUAGCAAACUUGGUCUGCUGGAUCUUCAUCACCCUUUAUUCUUAACAACUGGUCAAUCACGUUAUGCGUUUCCUGAAAAGCUUGAGUUUUUCAAAGUGAUUUGUGAAUCAAAUGAUAAAGCACUGUAUCUAGUUGCCCUUCUUCAAAAGUUAAAAGGCGAGAAAUGCAUUGUUUUUACCUCGUCCAAAAAGAUGACCCAUAGGCUAUGCAGCUUGCUGAAAUGUUUUGGAAAUCUUGAAAUGAGGAUCAAGGGAUACUCAAGUUGUCAACAUCAGGCUGUGAGAAGCAAAACACUAGAUGCAUUUCGGAAAGGAGAAGUGGAGGUGCUCAUUUCUUCUGAUAACCUGUCCCGAGGAACAGAUGUUGAAGCAGUAGCAAAUGUCAUUAUCUAUGAUGUGCCACGUUACAUCAAAGCAUAUCUUCAUCGUGCUGGAAGGACUGCUAGAGCAUUUCAAAUAGGGCGAUGCUUUACAUUGCUUCUAAAAGAUGAAAUGAAGAAGUUCAAGGCACUGCAACAGAAAGCAGAGAUCAGCUCUACAGUUUUCCCUCUUUCUUCGGAGUCAAUUCAGUCCCUUCAGCCUGCUUACACAUCUGCUUUUGAUAAGCUGAAGGAGAAUGUAGAAUCAGAAGCAUUUCGUAAACGCAAGGUUAACUUCAAGUCUACAAAGCCACGUAGAGCAAAGACAGCGAAGAUAUCCAAGGAGUAGGCAUAUAAAUAUUAUCUAUUCUCCAACAAGAGCAUCACACCUGUGGUGACGGGUGGAAUUUGCAGUACCGGGAGUGUAUACUAGCUGAAAAUGUGCCUGACUGAUCAUGACUGACUUUUGAAACCAGAGUAGCAAAUGAUAGUGAUGUGGGUGAAAGCCUAAAGAGGAAUUAGCGAGUGUUUUAGUACUUGUGGUAUUAUGGGUUGUGUACUCGAAGAGCUGGGUUUCAAAUUUUGAGUCGGUUUUAGGAUAGCAGUUAAAUUUGAUGUACAUUGAAUCGGAUUCAAAAGAUAUUAGGAUCUUCUCAAUAUUUAUUUCUCUUAGCAGUCAUAGAGAAAUUGCAUUUGUCGUACAUCAAUUAUCCACCAGAACUAACACCAAAAUGUCAUCUCCUAACUAGUUAUGCUUCAUUAUUUUUUUUCUUUGAGGACUGGUUGUGACCGACGCAAAUAGUAGCUUCAUAAUUAUUGUGGAUAAUUAUCAAUAAUACACAGGAUAAUUUGUUGAAUGACUAA